GAGGUGCGCUCCUGUUCUCAGGUCACCUGCAAUGUUGCUGUUUUCAUCCUGACAAAUAAGAAGUAUAUAACUUAUGUAAACAACAACCAGUCUCAGACAGAGCAGAGAAUUUGACUGUUUGAAAAGAUGACCGUGUGCCAUUAUAAUAAGACAAUUGAGUUCUUCUAUAACAACAGUGGGAAGGAGCUAUUCCAUGAAUGGAGGCCCAAGGAUAUCUUGGUGGUUGCCCUUGGCUUGACAGUCAGCAUCAUUGUACUGCUCACCAACUUGCUGGUCAUCACGGCCAUUGUUAUCAACAAGCGAUUCCACUACCCUAUCUAUUAUCUGUUGGGGAAUCUGGCUGCAGCUGAUCUUUUUGCUGGGAUUGCAUACAUGUUCCUGAUGUUCCACACUGGGCCAAGGACAGCUAAGCUCUCUCUCAAGACUUGGUUUAUCAGGCAGAGCCUCUUGGACACCAGCCUGACUGCCUCAGUAGUCAACCUUUUGGCCAUUGCAGUAGAGCGUCACCAGACGGUUUUCACCAUGCAGCUCCAUAGCAAGAUGUCCAACCAGAGGGUAAUUAUUCUCAUUGGCUGCAUCUGGAUAACGGCCCUGCUUCUGGGUCUCAUCCCUUCAUAUGGCUGGCACUGCCUGUGUCAGCUGGAUGAUUGCUCUACGAUGGCUCCUCUCUACAGUCGCAGAUAUUUGACCUUCUGGGCACUCUCCAAUCUUUUUAUCUUCCUCAUUAUGGUGGUUGUCUACACUCAUAUUUUCAUCUACGUCAAGAGGAAGAUGGCUCGGAUGUCUAAGCAUACUACAUUCCACCCACGCUACAAGGAAACUAUGAUCAACCUCAUCAAGACAGUCAUCAUUAUCCUCAGUGCCUUUGUGAUUUGCUGGACGCCAGGACAGGUGGUUCUUCUGCUGGAUGGCCUUGGCUGCAAGAGCUGCAACGUGUUGGCAGUGGAGAAAUACUUCCUGUUACUGGCUGAGAUCAAUUCACUCAUCAAUGCCAUUGUCUACUCCUACCGGGACAAUGAGAUGCGUAGCACCUUCCGGAAGAUCCUUUGCUUCGCCUGCCACAGGAUGCCAAAGUACUCGCCUGCCUCAAGCAAAUCCAGCACCAUAGAGCAUCGGAUCCUGUCUCAGAAUGGGCAUCCAGUGAUGGACUCCACGCUUUAACUCCACGGUUUCAGGUUGCUCUCUGCUGAUUGUCCCAAGCCGUUGCUUUUGAUCUGUGGGUGGCCCUUUUGUGCAGAACUGGUAACCAGGGCCUACAGUGGCUGCAGCAGGACUGGACAGUUUUGUAUCUGUGGACUGCUUGGGGAUAGAGGGCUGCAAUCUUGAUCUAUAGCUCCAUGCCGCAAUGGUGCGUGACCUACUAGCAGAAGCUGUUGUACUGAGACUCUUGUUGAAUCAUCUCCGGAAUACAGUGACUAUCAGUCAACUGAGCUAUGGAAUUAGUGCAUUUGGCCUGUUACAGACUUGAGAGACACGUUAAACACUCUGCUGCAUUGAGAACCAGUUCAGAAGUGGUUUGCACCACAGCUUCUUAAAGGCUUUUUUUCCCCUCCUUCCACAGACUAACA